UAAAACGAAUGUCGUUGUUUCAGGAAGACAGAUUAGAAAUUCGAGAUUAUGGAUAAUAAAUUUAUGGCCGAAAGAAGUUAAAUUAUAAGAUACAAAUUCUGUUCAAGAAUUAAAUUAGCUAAACUCUGUGUGUACUUAACACACACAGGACUGAAUUCUUUUUUCUAAAUGGGAAACCUGCGCCAGUGGAGCCAGCUGCCAGCCACUUUUCUCGUUUGGCUGACCCUUGACCCCCUGGAGAAUGGCCGUCUCGACCACAUUGAUACACACAGACACCCUCGGAAGUGGAGCACCUCUGCCUCUGAGCCAGCUGGUGGAGGAAGGAAGACGUAGUGUCCCAAACCAUCUAUUGGAAUCCAAAUUUUUUUUCAAAGAGAAGAGCAACAGCCUGAUCGAAGUGGAUCCUCCUGAAAUUCACUUCACCGGCUUCAAGCUGGAAAAGGACUAUGUGAAGAGUGUGAAACUAAUCAACAUCUCAUCGAGAGUGCUGAAUAUUCAUAUCAUCCCCACCCAAACCAAGCACUUCCGAACAACCUACGCCAAAAAGUUUCGGCUCAUUCCUGGCCUUGCCUACACAGUGAAGGUUAAAUUCUGUCCUCGUGAGUGGGUUCGUGUGUCUGACUGUAUUCGGGUUCACUGUGAGGCGGAUCAGAACCUCUUAGUUCCAGUUCAUGCUUACCCCUCCACCGCUCAUGUCCACAUCCCAUCCCGCAUUGACUUACCAGCUACCCCACUUGGACAAAGUGUUAGCCACGUCAUUCCACUGAGCUGCAGAUCUCCCAAUGAUUUGGAGUUCCAUGUGCACCUGAUCAAGCCGCAUGAGGCCUUCUCCAUCUGUCCACUCACAGGUUUGAUCCCAGCCAACGGUCAGGUGCAGAUCACCGUUACCUUCAGACCCUGCCGCUAUGAGACUAGUCACGUCACUGUCCGGCUGGUUAUCUCACAGUUCAACACAAAAUCGUAUCUCUGUACCAUCACUGGAAGCUCUGCCCCUCUCCUCGAUCUCAGGGAGCUGGAUCAUAAAAGCACGUCUGCUAAAAGUAAAGGGUCUUUGCCAGCUAUUCAGGCGUCUCCUCGGAUUAAAACACAAAGUCCUGUCAAACAAAAGACCACCAAGGAUGACAUCAAAGCAAAGCCAAAACCAAAACCUCUGGUGGAUGCCUCCACACAUGGAGGGGUGGCAAAGAUGCUGCAGAAGGACAUCAGCAAACUUUGUGCCGAACACCCGAGUCAAGGUGUGCUGAACAGACAGAAGAAGGAGGCUCUCUUCCUGAAAAAGGUUCAACAAAAUGUUAAAGAAGAGCAAACCAAUCGCCUGCGUGUACAAGUCCAUCGGGGUAAAGACCCAGUGACAGAGGCAACCAGGUGCCAGGUGCUGAAGGAAAGAGAGCUUGCAUUACAGCAGUACAAGGUCAGGAAGGGAGAAGCAAGACAGGAGAAUGACUUCACGAGUGGACCACCGAAACUUUACUCAGUUCGAUUAAUAUGUGAUGCUGGGCAGACCCCCAUGGGAGUCCCAUCCUUCCAGUUUCACCCUAGCUUUCGGUGGGAGCUUAAACAGAGGGCCCUAAAACUAUUUCAGCAGGCAGCACGCAAGGUUGUGAUGCAGUGUCGCAUGAAGCGGACCCUGUCCCUGUGGACGAAGCUACCAGAUGCUGCAGCAACUUCACUCUCGACACAGAAAGUAGAAGAUGAGGAGGCGUGUGUGAUGAAGAUCCCCACAGACAGAAUCUUUCCUUCUUCCUUUCCGCUUUGCUCUGAUGAUGCUGAUUCGCUGACUCUUGACUUUGCUGCUGUGCCUGUGGAUACCGUUGAUGUGAGAGUGACAACGCACGUGCCGACCUUCAAGCUUCAAGUUCCUCUGUACUACAAGAUUAUGGAAUACCAGCCUGUGUCAGCCUGGGAGGCCUUUAAUUCCUUCAUCCCCACGACCUUAGCCCACCCACUUCGCACUGAAGAUCCUGAGGAUGGCUCUCAGUCCCCCACAACAGGGGAAGAGGAAGAGCAAGAUGCCAACGAUCUUAACUUCACUUUCCCGAGUGCUCUCCUCAAACCCAUUCAAGCACACCCACUGCGAAUCUUUAACCCUGCUCCUGGCCUCCAGGCCUACAAGCCAACCCCUAAAUAUCUUGAAAGUGAUGUGGACUUCCAUCUCUGUCCGCUUCCUCGCUAUUCAACCGCUGAGGGCUGCACAAAUGGGAUGGAGUCACAAACUUUGCACACACAGCCUCUCGAACCGAAGGGAGCAAUCACAGGAUUGAAGACAUGGGACAAAUUUGACUUAAUGACGGCAACAUGUUUGUCCAAACAUGCUGCCUUGACCAGCAUCAUCCUAAAUGGUUCGGCUGACUAUAAUAAAGACAUCCUUCCUGUCACAUCUCCUGCUGCUUUCACCCAACUUCCUGCCUCUCUCCCAGGAGGCACGGACAAAAAGUUUGACACAAACCUGACCACGGAGCUGAUCAGGUCAGAAUUUCUCUCUGGUCUGCAAUGACAACCUUUCAACCUUCCCCGGGCACAGCCAACGAGGACAACCUUGAUCUCAAAGCUUGAAGAGAACGGAUGCGACAUGAUGUGACUUUUUGUCUCAAUCGUCUGAGCUCCAACUGACGGAACACAAUAGAGACGAUCUCAGGAUGGGGAAAGUAGCUGGCAAGGGUUCUGUCCCAACGCCGUAAGUAAAAUGAGUGUGGGAGCACACCGUGCAUGACCAUAUUUACUCAAGCACUUCUACACGGAACUCAUCUAAACAUACCAAACCUUGAUUCAUGCAUUGGAGGACAGUCAUGCUGGUACAGAAGCUAGCCUUCGUUAAGAGGUCAAGUAUACCCCAUGAUGGUUUCUUUAACGACGCUAAGCAAAAGAGCACCGGUUAAGUGGUGGCACAUGAAUAAAAAAUGUUAAUUACUUUGCAACAAUAGAGAGAGAGAUCCAAAGUUGUACUUAUGUUUAUUAGUCAGUCUCCUUAUUGACGCACACUCAUGCUGUCGCAUACAUGUUGUAAUUUCACUGUCAAAAUGAAAUACAGUACUUAAGAAAUAAUAAUUAGUAAGGUUCAAUUAUUAACAAAAAAUGUGUGGGGGUGCCUGUUUAAUGUACACUUCUGCAUGGAGCAUUUCCAACCUCCUACAUGUGCAAUAUGGCAAUAUUUGGAGGCCAACAAAAGAAUCCUGUUCAUUUUCAUUUGCUAUUAAUUUAUUUUCUGAAUGGGAAAUCUUGUCACGUUUUCAUCUUGCGAGAUCUUGUGACAUCCCGACUUGUCUAACGAUUGC